GCUCCAAUGGGAGCCUCUGGCUGCCGCCUCCCGAACCGCCCCCACCCGCUGGGCCAAUGACGCGCGGGGGGCGGUGACUGCCGCUGGGCCUGCGGAGUCCGCCCGCUCGGCUCGCCGGAGCUCGCGUGCUGCUCGCCAGCCCGCGAAGAGCGGCGACAAUUCGAACGCUUCCGCGGUGUUCUGGCCUGGAGCUCCCCCAGUGCGGCCGGCGUUCCUAACAUUGACACAGCGUUUCUUUCUAAUACUUGCAAAGAAACGAAAUAACCUUCAAGCUGGCGGGAGCAAUGGUUCACAUAGAGAAAGGCGAGCUGACCCAGGAGGAAAAGGCGCUGCUGGAAGUCAUCGGGAAAGGUUCUGUCCAAGAAGCUGGAACACUGUUAGCCAACAAGAAUGUUCGUGUCAACUGUUUGGAUGAGAACGGAAUGACUCCUCUAAUGCACGCUGCAUAUAAAGGAAAACUCGAUAUGUGCAAAUUACUUUUGCGACACGGAGCUGAUGUAAACUGUCAUCAACACGAACACGGAUACACAGCCCUCAUGUUUGCUGCACUCUCUGGUAAUAAAGACAUCACGUGGGUAAUGUUGGAAGCUGGUGCCGAGACAGAUGUUGUUAAUUCAGUAGGAAGAACAGCAGCUCAGAUGGCAGCCUUUGUGGGUCAACAUGAUUGUGUAACUGUCAUCAACAAUUUCUUUCCUCGAGAGAGACUGGAUUAUUACACUAAGCCCCAGGGACUGGACAAAGAGCCGAAACUGCCCCCAAAGCUGGCAGCCCCACUGCACAAAAUUAUCACCGUGACAAAUCUUCAUCCUGUCAAGAUUGUGAUGCUUAUAAAUGAGAAUCCUCUGCUGGCAGAAGCAGCAGCUCUGAAUAAAUGCUACAAGGUGAUGGAUUUGAUUUGUGAGAAGUGUAUGAAGCAAAGAGACAUGAAUGAAGUAUUGGCUGUGAAAAUGCAUUACAUCAGCUGUAUCUUUCAGAAAUGUAUUACCUUCUUAAAAGACGGAGAGAAUAAACUGGAUACUCUGAUCAAAAGCCUGUUGAAAGGCCGACCCUCUGACGGCUUUCCGGUGUAUCAGGAAAAGCUCAUCAGAGAGAGUAUCAGGAAAUUCCCCUACUGCGAAGCCACCCUCCUGCAGCAGCUGGUGCGCAGCAUCGCCCCCGUGGAAAUCGGUUCUGAUCCCACUGCGUUCUCUGUACUUACUCAAGCCAUCACUGGUCAGGUGGGGUUUGUGGAUGUGGAAUUUUGUACCACCUGUGGAGAAAAGGGAGCAAGUAAAAGAUGCUCAGUAUGCAAAAUGGUAAUAUACUGCGAUCAAACUUGCCAGAAAACACACUGGUUUGCACAUAAGAAAAUCUGUAAGAAUCUCAAGGACAUUUAUGAGAAACAACAGUUGGAAGCUGCCAAAGAAAAGAGUGAGGAGAGAACAAUGGCAAACUCGAUGUCAACUCUAAUUGUGUUAAUAAAGAGCAGCCGGAGGCCGAAACGGCCGUCUCCCAAGAGGAAUGUGACCCUAAAGAGCCUGUGGAAGGGGAGAAAGAAUCUCUCCAGUGUGAUGCUGGGUCGGAAUGCUCACAGGAUGCUACCGCAGGACCACUGGCAUCCGAGGAGUAAAAGCCAGAGCACGUGCCGGCGAGGAUGGUCCUCCCCUGGCAGUGGCUGGAAAACUUGUGACUGUGCCCCCAUUGCCUUGUGACACCCGCAUGGCACUGUGGCAGGACUUCAUAGAAUAGAUGCUUUCCAGCAAAGUUGUGUCUACCAUGCCCUAAUUUCUGUUCCGUAUGUGGACAGAUAUUCCUAUGGGAAAAAAUACUUUUCACAAACAGGAGAAACAUUCUAUUUCCUUUCUGAGGCCAGCUUUCCAAAGGGAAAAAGAAAUCCCCUGAAAGAAGACCCGUGGGCUGAAGGGAACAAAGGGUCAAGUGGAACAGGUGUAGGAAAGAGGAGACUUCAAGAAAGAAAAAUGUUAUAGCUGCAGACAUAGGUAUUUAAAAAUAUCCUAACUUAUGUGUGAAUAAAAUGCAUAUAAAUAGCAUUUAUAAUAGUGAAGGUCUACUUAUUAGGAUGUCACGAAAUGAAGUAAGGCUGUGUGUUUAAGGAUCUUUCCCAUAGUCCAGCUAAUUAUAAUUUUGUAUAGAAAUGGCCUCAAGCAGUCUGAACUUGACGUACUUCCUGCAGUGAUGUUUUAUCUACAUACAGUAUUUGUACCUUCAGAGAUGACACACCCCCAGAAGGAACGAAGGCUUUGCCAGAGUUAUCUCAGCAUGUGCAUUAAAAGAAAUGUGUCAUGAUGUUUUUGAUUAAGUAUGUCUGAGCACACCGUUUCCAUGGUGGUUGGACUAGUUCAUGUGCCAUAUUCCACUUGAAAAGCUGGCUUUUAUCUGCCUAUGUGCUUCUCAUGUGACCCUUCCGGUUCAGAAACUGAUUUAUAGCUGUCAUUUAUAGAAUGUUCUGGCAUUCGUUUUCAGAGUGUGCAGUAUUUAAACAGUGUGAUAGCUUAAGAUAGGACUCUGUUUCAUAGUUUCUUGUGUUGAUUGUACAAUAAAGUAUGCCUAUUAAUAUAAC